AUGAACCAGAAGGUCGUCCUCAUCACUGGCUGCUCCUCAGGAAUUGGCUUGGCGCUAGCAGUGCGCAUUGCCAAGGAUGAGAAGAAGAGAUUCAUGGUCUAUGCCACCAUGAGGAACCUUGCCAAAGCUGAGGCCCUUGUAGAGGCUGCAGGUAAGACCCUGGGACGAACCCUGGAGGUCAAACAGCUGGACGUGUGUGACGAGGACUCCAUCAAGGCCUGUGUGGACAGUCUCCCAAUGCGCAAAGUGGACAUCCUCAUAAGCAAUGCAGGGAUGGGUCUUAUUGGGCCGAUCGAGUGCCAAACUAUAGACGAGAUGAGAACAGUCAUGGACACCAACUUCUUCGGUCUGAUUCGACUCCUCAAAGAACUUCUGCCAGACAUGAAGAGGAGGAAGAAAGGCCACAUUGUAGUCAUAAGCAGUGUCAUGGGCAUCCAAGGCAUUUUGUUCAAUGAUGUCUAUGCUGCGUCCAAAUUUGCUUGUGAAGGGUUCUGUGAGAGUCUUGCAGUUCAAGCACUGAGAUUUAACCUGAAUAUUACACUCAUUGAGCCCGGCCCCGUCAUCACUGAAUUUGAACGUAAGGUCUACGAGGAAGGCAUGAAGAUAGACCUUUCAAAAGCAGACAAGGUGACGGCUGACAUGUUCACCAACAUUUACCUGAAAAACUAUGGCCAGAUCUUUGAGAGCCUUGGCCAGACGCCUGAGGAUGUAGCAGAGCACACACACAAAAUCAUCACAAUGGACAACCCGCCCUUCCGCCAUCAGACAAACACUCUGUACACCCCAAUGACCACUCUGAAGUACGCCGACCCGGAGGGAGAUCUGCCCAUUGAUACUUUCUACAAAAUGGUGUUUGAGCAUGACAAGGUGUUCAAUGCCAGCCUCAACUUUCUCAAGCUACUGCGCUGGAGGAGUCGCAAGAGCUUCACUCUGGAGAAAGACGACAAGAAAUCCUAA